AUGCCGGUGGAAUGGAUACCUGUGAACUCGCUCGCUCAGAUAGUUCUGGAGAUCAUCCAAUGUGGUAACAAGUGUAAGCACGGUAUUCCUGCAAACGUUAUGAAUGUAGUCAAUCCGAGAAGAACAAUUUGGGCUAAAUUUUCACCAACAAUUCGGAGGCGCACCGGAGCGAAUCCCGUAAGUCUGCGGAGGUGGGUUGAGUCACUUUGUGAAACGGAUGCUGUCAAUGUUGAGAACAGGCCAGCCUACAAGCUUCUCAGCUUCUAUGAGCGACUAGCCCGUAGAGAUGGUCAUGAUAUCGUUCCACGGUUUGAAACGGACAAGGCCGGUGAAGUGAGUCCCACAUUUAGAUCGCUUGGUCCCAUUGAUUCUAGUUCAGUGCAGACAUGGCUUGACCAGUGGGAACUAUGA